AUGAUCGAAUCAAAUUUUGCCAAUAAAUAUAUUGAUUUCAUAACUUAUUGUAAUCCAAAUGCUCCAGCUGAUAUGGAUUAUACUCCAUUGAUACGUUCUUUCAACUCUGUGCCAAAAUCUGAUGGUAAAAAUUUUGAUACUUGGACUCUUUAUCAAUUAGUAUCAAAACAUCAUUCUGGUGAAAUUAAGACUUGGACAAAAUUAGCUCAACAACUAGGUGUUGAACGUACUGCUGAUUCUAGUCCUCAAAAAAUUCAACAAUACGCCGUAAGGCUCAAGAAAUGGAUGAAAUCAAUUCAUAUCGAUGCAUUCUUUGAUUAUCUACUUUCCAGACCAAAUGAAUAUUAUCAAGACCCUGAUAAAAACCCUAUUCAUGCUACAAAUAGAGGUAAAGGAACGCAGUUAUUGGGUAAACCAAAAAAUAUUUCUAUAUCCCAACACAUCCCAACCCCGAAUCCUUCACCAACAAACAUUAAUAAUUUUGGUGAAUCUGGAAGUCUCCAUCAUCGUCUUAAUUCUUCGACAACAAAUAAUACUACCACUGGUGGUGGUGGAACUCUAAUAAGAUGGCGUAGUAUUUCUGUCGGUGCAGCUAAUAAUAGUGCUGCUGGUUCAAAUGAUACAACAACAGCAAUAACUUCUUCUUCUUCUUCAUUUGCAGAACUUUUAUUCCCACCUAAUGAUCCCAAUGAAACAAUUUCUGUAUUUCAAAAACGUUUGGUUAAAGCUGUUGGUAUGUUGGAGGAUAAAGAACGUCAGAUCGACAUGUUGAAAGAUUUGAUUAGACAGCGUGACGAAGAGAUGAGAAGUCGUAUUGUUAAAGGAAUGAAAAAUGAUAUUAUGGAUUUAUUUCAAAAAUGGGAGCAAUAA